UUUGAUUUGACAAUUGACAUUACCAAAACAAAAGUUCGUGUGUGUGCUCUACAAAUUAUUUUCAAUUGAAUUUACUAAUAAUAACAAUGGUAAAAAUUGCACUGCAAAUUAGAGCACAGCUAGAAUGCAUCGAGAAAUUGUACACAAACCAUCCUCACUACCAGUGGUUUUUGAAGUUAAAGUGUAACAGCUGCGGUGAGGUGACCGAAAAGUUCCAUGACCUCACGGAGGCCGAUAAAGUCCCCCAAAAGCAUAAUAGAUCGGAAACAAAUUUACUCAUAAAAUGCAAGCUUUGCUCUAGAGAAAACAGCAUAGAUGUGAUUGAAGGCAGCAAUGCUGCAUUUACAAAUAAUGAUAUUGGGAAAUUCAAGACAAUAGUACAGUUUGACUGUAGAGGGGUGGAACCAGUAGAUUUUGAGCCUAAAUCUGGAUGGAUUGUUGAAUCUGAAGAUAAUGGUAAAAAAUUUGAUGAUGUGGAUCUAAGUGAAAAAGAAUGGGCAGACUAUGACGAAAAGAAUCAAACUUCUGUUGGAAUUUAUGAACUUGAAUGGCAGUUUAUUAAAGUAAAGUGAAU